AUGACGACACACAUCGCACCCCUCUGUCACCUGCUCUUGAAGACGCCGCCACUGGCAGUCAGCGUUUCGCGAGGCACGACGCUGAGGGAAAUCAAGAAACUCGCGAAACGACACAAGAUCCCGUCCAUGGUCUCCAAGACAAGCCGCGGACCCACCACGAGCAGCGGCCUCGUCUACGCGGAGUCGGGGGACAAGGUGGCACUGCAGCGCUUCGAGAAGGAUGUCCGAGGCAUGACAAAUUACAAGCAGAGAUUCGUCACAAUCGUGCCGACGAUGAAGGCGCCGAUCCCCGAGGAUCGACCGGUUCGGCCACCUGGUCAGCGAUUUGUUGAUGUCGAGGGCCUUACGAACUUUGGGAUCGAGAUGGCGAGGAGGAGCCUUUGGGACUGGUGGGCCGAUAUUGUGAAGAAGGGGUAUUUCAAGGACUAG